GGUUACAGCAACGAAAUAAAAAGUUCCGCGUUUCAUAUUCCUUUCUGAUUUAUCACUAGUUGUGGAUUAAUACAAAUAGGUCAGUAGAUAAAUGUAUUUUUGUUGACGUGUUAUUAUUAUAUUAUCAUGGAUAAAGUUGCUUAACGAACAUUAUAUAGCUGUAUCUAAUAGCUUGUAUAGCAGCUGGUGGCAAAAGGUACAUUUCCGGUAAAUUUCCACGAAAAUUUUCAACGGGCUGUUUGUAAUGUUGGGAAUUUUAAAAGCACUUCUGUAUUUUUAAUGUGGAGAAACACGGUCCUCUUUUUGAAAGGAGCCAUUCUUUAUACUUCAGCAAUACAUAUAUUAUAUUUGCUACAUCAAGACAGGAUACCAUUGUUAACGAUAUCCUCCCUAGUGAGUAAGGGGGAAGAAUGCCACGUUUAGUAUCAGAUGUGUGGAAGCAUUUCACCCCAGCCAUUAACGACGAUGGGAAGACUAUGUACAUGUGCAACUACUGUACAAAGCAGUAUGUAAAGAAUGCCACAAAGUUGCAGGUGCAUUUAACCAAAUGCAAAAAUGCAACAUUAUAUCAAAGCGCACAAGAACCAUUGUUCUGCCAUACAAUGGAAGACCAUAGCCAGAAAAAUGCUGAUGAGUGCCUGGCUCGAGCUGUAUAUGCCACAGGCUCACCCCUCAUGCUCAGUGAGAAUGUGUACUGGAAGAGAUGUUUCAAUGUUAUUUGCCCUGGAUACUCUCCUCCGAACAGAGAUGCUCUGUCUACUCAUUUACUGGAAGCUGAGUUCAACAGAGUGCAAGGAAAGGUGAAGGAAACAAUAGAGAAGGCAGACAGUGUUGCUGUUGUCUCCGAAGGGUGGUCAAAUGUACAAGGUGAUGGCAUCAUAAACUACAUAGUCUCUACUCCUCUACCAUUGGUUCUCAAGACAACAGACAAAAAGGACAACACACACACAAGCACGCACAUUGCUGAUGAGCUGAAGGCUGUAAUCAAUGACGUUGGACCACAGAAGGUGUUUGCUGUUGUUACUGAUAGUGCCGCAAACAUGAAGGCUGCCUGGGCACAAGUGGAGGAGGCCUACCCUCACAUUACACCUAUUGGGUGCAUGGUUCAUGGGCUUAACCUACUCAUCAAGGACAUCAUGAGUUUGCAAACAAUGGAAACGCUAUACAAGACAGCCAAGCAAGUUGUACAGGAUGUCAGGAGCAAAGAGGAAGUGUCAGCAACAUACAGCAAUAAAAAUACAAAGAAAAAUAACUCCACACUGAAGCUGACCUGCAACAUUAGAUGGGCUGGGGUUGUCACCAUGUACAGCAGCCUUCUGAAAGAGAAGGAGUCUCUGCAAGAAAUGGCAAGAUCACAGUCUGUGGAAAUUGAAAUCUCCAUCAGGAAAAUACUGCUUGAUGAUGUGUUUUGGGAGAGAGUGGUUCGCAAUCUUACGCUACUCUCACCAAUCGCAUUUGCCAUUGAUCAGAUUGAAGGAGAGGAUGCUGUCUUGUCAGAUGUUCUCAGGCUUUUUGCUGAUUUAAAAGACAAAAUCAGCACAGCCCUCCCUUCAGCCUUGCUACUCAACACAGAGGAGACGGCAGUUGUUCGAUUUCUGGAGCUGUGUGGAGAGUUUUGUAUCAAGCCAAUUCACGCAGCAGCAUACAUGCUGGAUCCAAAGCAUAUUGGGAAACAAAUACUUUCUGGAGAACAGAUCAACAGCGCAUACUAUGUGAUUUCUACCCUCUCACACCACCUCAAUCUUGAUGAGGGCAAGGUUCUGGCAAGUCUGGCAAAGUUUUCUACCAAGCAAGGCCUUUGGAAUGGGGAUGGGAUAUGGCAAUCAUGCCAGCACAUUUCUCCCUACACCUGGUGGAAGGGUCUCUGUGCAUCUGAGGCCCUGUCACCCAUCGCCUCUGUGAUCCUUCAGAUCCCACCAACAUCAGCAGCUUCUUUGCGCCUCAGAGCAUUCUUUGGGAAAACCAAAAGAAAGGUGGGCAACAGUCUAACAAACAACAGAGUGGAGAAAUUGGUGGCUAUUAGGGCGAACCUUAACCUUUUUGAGCCAGGAACAGAACUAGGGUCCAGCACACAGCUUCAGAGUGACACAAAGGAGGAAAUGGACAUUAAAUCAGAGUCUGAGUGAACAACUAAGGAUGAAAAAGGGGCAAAAUAUGAACAACGAGCUUAAUAAGUGGACAGGUCUUUUUUUUAUUUAUUUGUAUGCCUUUUUUGGGGGGGGGG